AUGCUUCAACAGCCGCAGCAACCUCAAAGUCAAGACGGCAGCUCAAACACUCAAAAUGAAGCCCCAGGAAGCUCACGCCAGGAUGGAAAACCUCACACGGAGCCAACGACCGUCGAGAUUCCUGACCAAGACAUCAGAGUUCUCCAAGACCUCUCUACAGCCCAAUUCGCCCAGGACCUCGUCAAGCUCUUCAACCAGGGCAACGGCCCUUCACCCAACGACUCCAGCACGGCUACCUCGCCCGCUCUCGACGACAAGUCCAAACGCGCCCAGCUCCACCAACAUGUCCGCCGUAUCUUCAAGUCCCGUCUCGACACCACCACCGGCCACGACGGAGUCGUCGUCGCCAGCUUCGUCUCCCCGCGCAACGGCAAGAAGAGCAGAGGACGCCGUGGUCAGCCGGGCGACGACGAACAGAUGGGCGAAUAUCUCCAUUUCACGCUGUACAAGGACAACCGCGACACCAUGGACGCCGCCAACCAAAUUGCCCGCCUCCUCAGAAUGAGGCCCCAAACCAUUGGGUACGCCGGGACCAAGGACCGCCGCGCAUCGACCACGCAGCGCUGCUCGGUGCGGCACCAGCGCAAGCGGGCGCUGGCAGGGCUCAACGACAAGCUCCGGGGCAUCUCGACCGGCGAUUACGAGUACCGCGAGGAACCCAUCCACCUGGGCCAGCUCUUCGGCAACGAAUUCGUCAUCACCCUCAAGAACUGCAAAAUGGCAGACGAAACCGGCACUCAGCCGCCGUCCGAGCGCCUCGCUUCCAUGAGGAACAAUGUCGAGUCAGCCCUCAAGCACAUGUCCUCCCACGGAUGGAUCAACUAUUUUGGCCACCAGCGCUUCGGAACCCACGACGUAGGCACCCACCAAGUCGGCAAGCUCAUCCUCGGAGGCGACUUCGAGGCCGCUGUCAGCGCCCUACUCAAGUACGACCCGGAAAUCGCAGCCAAAGCCGAAGCCGGCCAGCUCCCCGAAGAACCCUCCAAGAAGGACGAUGCCCUUCGCCACCUCGCCUGCAUGCUCUUCCAAACAGGCAAGGACCUCAACAGAGCUGCCAAGGUCAUCCCGCGGCGUUUUGCAGCAGAAUCCUGCAUCCUCCGCCACCUCACCCGCAUGGGCAAGAGCUCAACGCGUGACUUUGCGGGCGCCAUCACACACAUCACCCGCGGCCUGCGAUCAAUGUACCUCCACGCCUAUCAAUCACACGUGUGGAACCACGCCGCCAGCCAGCGGUACGCCCUCCACGGCACCAAGGUCACAAAGGGUGACUUGGUCAUUUCCGAGAGAGAGAGUCAACCCGCCGUCGCGGAACACGACCAGGACGGCGACAAAAUCAUCAACCCUCUCGAGGACGAGCAAGACGACGCGCCCCUGCGUGCUCGUCCACUCACGGAAGAGGAGGCCGCCAGCGGCAAAUACACCGUCUACGACAUUGUUCUUCCUUCCCCGGGCUACGACGUGGCUUAUCCCGACAACGAAAUCGGCAAGUUUUACCAGGAGUUCAUGGGCCGCCAAGAGAACGGUAGUCUUGACCCGCACAACAUGCGUCGCUUGAGAAGAGAGUUCAGCCUCCCGGGGCGUUAUAGGAAGCUGAUGCAGCGAUUCUUGGGUGAUCCCAGUGUGGAGUUCAAGUUGUACGGGGAUGACACAGAGCAGAUGCACCCUACAGACGUGGAUUUGAUCAGCGGCCCGAGGAGGAAUGGGAUUCAGGGGAAGAGGAAGAAGAGAGACGACGACGAGGAUGACCCUGGAAAGAGGAUCAAGGGUAAUGGUCAGGACCAAACUGAGGCAGAAAUGGAGGAGGCCAAGAGCGAGCAGGACGCUACGUGUAAUAGCGUUGAUGCAAUGACGGAGACAGAGCCGCCCCCCGAAUCUUUCAAGAUAGCUGUUGUCCUCAAGUUCCAGCUGGCAAGCAGUGCCUACGCGACAGUUGCGCUCAGAGAACUGAUGGGUGAUCGCUCGGAUGAGGCCACACCAUCAGACCAAAGUUAG